AUGGAGGAAAAUUCCUUUCAUAUAAAUAUCGAAUGUUCAGAUUAUGUGUGUUCAAUCUGCUGCGUCGAAUACCUAAAUGAUGAUGACAUUUGUAUUCUGCCUUGUAACUACCUGCAUUACUAUCACAAGGAGUGUAUUUUUACGUGGCUGAAGAGGAAUAACGACUGCCCCCUGUGCAGGAAAUGCAUUGGAAAAAUCUGA